CAGCCCGCUCCCUCCCAUGGUGUCUCCAGAACCCCCAGCCUCGUGAGCUGAAGAAAAGCCGGCCUUGAAGGAGGUGGAUGAGCGGGCAGAAGCUGGAGCUGUGAGGCGGGAUGGAGCCCUCGGCCCCCAGGAAAGCUGGCUCUGAGCAGGAGGAUGGCUUUGGGGUGCAGCCCAGGAGGGUGGCCGAUCUGGCCAUGGUGCCCAACCUCCGGCGGAGCAACAGCAGCUUGUGCAAGAGCAGGAGGCUGCAGUGCCCCUUCAGCAGCAGUGAGAAGCAAGAACAUCUGAGUGCGUGGAUCCCUGAGAACAUCAAGAAGAAAGAGUGCGUAUAUUUUGUGGAAAGUUCCAAGCUCUCUGAUGCUGGGAAGGUGGUGUGCGAGUGUGGCUACACCCGUGAGCAGCACCUGGAGGAGGCCACCAAGCCCCACGCCUUCCAGGGCAAGGAGUGGGACCCGAAGAAGCAUGUGCAGGAGAUGCCGACUGACGCCUUUGGCGACAUCGUCUUUGCGGGCCUGGGCCAGAAAGUGGGGAAGUACGUCCGAGUGUCCCAGGACACGCCCUCCAGCAUGAUCUACCACCUCAUGACUCAGCACUGGGGCCUGGAUGUCCCCAACCUCCUCAUCUCGGUGACUGGCGGGGCCAAGAACUUCAACAUGAAGCUGAGGCUCAAGAGCAUCUUCCGGAGAGGCCUCGUCAAGGUGGCCCAGACCACAGGGGCCUGGAUCAUCACCGGGGGCUCCCACGCCGGUGUGAUGAAGCAGGUGGGCGAGGCAGUGCGUGACUUCAGCCUGAGCAGCAGCUACAAGGACGGAGAGGUCAUCACCAUCGGCGUGGCCACCUGGGGCACCAUCCACAACCGGGAGGGGCUGGUCCACCCCACGGGUGGCUUCCCUGCCGAGUACGUCCUGGAUGAGGAAGGCCAAGGGAAGCUGACCUGCCUGGACGGCAACCACUCGCACUUCAUCCUGGUGGACGACGGCACGCACGGCCAGUAUGGGGUGGAGAUUCCCCUGCGGACUCAGCUGGAGAAGUUCAUAUCCGAGCAGACCAAGGAGCGAGGCGGCGUGGCCAUCAAGAUCCCCAUCGUCUGCGUGGUGCUGGAGGGCGGCCCGGGCACGCUGCAGACCAUCUACAACGCCAUCACCCACGGCACACCCUGCGUCAUCGUGGAGGGCUCGGGCCGCGUGGCUGACGUCAUUGCGCAGGUGGCCAGCCUGCCGGUGUCCGACAUCACCAUCGGCCUGAUCCAGCAGAAGCUCAGCGAACUCUUCCAGGAGCUGUUUGAGACCUUCACGGAGGGCAGGAUUGUGGAGUGGACCAAAAAGAUCCAAGACAUUGUCCGGAAGCGGCAGCUGCUGACCAUCUUCCGGGAAGGCAAGGACGGUCAGCAGGAUGUGGAUGUGGCCAUCCUGCAGGCCUUGCUGAAAGCCUCACGGAGCCAAGACCACUUUGGCCACAAGAACUGGGACCAUCAGCUGAAGCUGGCGGUGGCAUGGAAUCGCGUGGACAUUGCCCGCAGUGAGAUCUUUACCGACGAGCGGCAGUGGAAGCCCUCAGAUCUGCACCCCACGAUGACGGCCGCACUCAUCUCCAACAAGCCAGAGUUUGUGAAGCUCUUCCUGGAGAACGGGGUCCAGCUGAAGGAGCUCGUCACCUGGGACACGCUCCUCUACCUGUACGAGAACCUGGAGCCCUCCUGCCUCUUCCACAGCAAGCUGCAGAAGGUGCUGGCCGAGGAGCCCAUGGCCGGCGUGCCUGCCACGCCCCGCCUGCAGAUGUACCACGUGGCCCAGGUGCUGCGCGAGCUCCUGGGGGACUCCACGCAGCCGCUGUACCCCCGGCCCCGGCACAGUGACCGGCCGCGGCUCUCGCUGCCCGUGCCCCACAUCAAACUCAACGUGCAGGGAGUGAACCUUCGGUCCCUCUACAAACGUUCCUCAGGCCACAUCACCUUCACCAUGGACCCGGUUCGAGACCUUCUCAUUUGGGCCAUUGUCCAGAACCGUCGGGAGCUGGCGGGCAUCAUCUGGGCUCAGAGCCAGGACUGCAUCGCAGCCGCCCUGGCCUGCAGCAAGAUCCUGAAGGAGCUGUCCAAGGAGGAGGAGGACACGGACAGCUCGGAGGAGAUGCUGGCACUGGCGGAUGAGUACGAGCUCAGAGCCAUCGGGGUCUUCACCGAGUGCUACCGGAAGGACGAGGAGCGGGCUCAGAAGCUGCUCAUCCGCGUGUCGGAGGCCUGGGGGAGGACAACCUGCCUGCAGCUGGCGCUGGAGGCCAAGGACAUGAAGUUUGUGUCUCACGGGGGCAUCCAGGCCUUCCUGACCAAAGUGUGGUGGGGCCAGCUGUGCGUGGACAACGGGCUGUGGCGGGUCAUCCUGUGUAUGCUGGCCUUCCCGCUGCUCCUCACGGGCCUCAUCUCCUUCAGGGACAAGCGGCUGCAGUCCCUGGGCAGCCCCGCCCGAGCCCGUGCCUUCUUCAGCGCGCCCGUGGUCGUCUUCCACCUGAACAUCCUGUCCUACUUCGCCUUUCUCUGCCUUUUCGCCUACGUGCUCAUGGUGGACUUCCAGCCCACGCCGUCCUGGAGCGAGUGCCUCAUCUACCUCUGGCUCUUCUCCCUGGUGUGCGAGGAGAUGCGGCAGCUCUUCUACGACCCCGACGAGUGCGGGCUGAUGAAGGUGGCGUCCCUGUACUUCAGUGACUUCUGGAACAAGCUGGACGUGGGGGCCAUCCUGCUGUUCAUCGUGGGGCUGACCUGCCGGCUCAUCCCGGCAACACUGUACCCCGGCCGGGUCAUCCUCUCCCUGGACUUCAUCAUGUUCUGCCUCCGCCUGAUGCACAUUUUUACCAUCAGCAAGACUCUGGGGCCCAAGAUAAUCAUCGUGAAGCGGAUGAUGAAGGACGUCUUCUUCUUCCUCUUCCUCCUGGCGGUGUGGGUGGUGUCCUUCGGAGUGGCCAAGCAGGCCAUCCUCAUCCACAAUGAGAGCCGUGUGGACUGGAUCUUCCGCGGGGUUGUCUACCACUCCUACCUCACCAUCUUCGGGCAGAUCCCGGCCUACAUCGAUGGCGUGAAUUUCGACCUGGAGCACUGCAGCCCCAAUGGUACCGACCCCUACAAGCCCAAGUGCCCCGAGAGUGACGUCAUGCAGAAGCCCGCCUUCCCCGAGUGGCUCACGGUCAUCCUGCUCUGCCUCUAUCUGCUCUUCACCAACAUCCUGCUGCUCAACCUCCUCAUCGCCAUGUUCAACUACACAUUCCAGCAGGUGCAGGAGCACACGGACCAGAUCUGGAAGUUCCAGCGCCAUGACCUGAUCGAGGAGUACCAUGGCCGGCCGCCGGCGCCGCCCCCGCUCAUCCUGCUCAGCCACCUGCAGCUGCUGGUCAAGAGGGUGGUCCUGAAGAUCCCCGCCAAGAGGCACAGGCAGCUCAAGAACAAGCUGGAGAAGAACGAGGAGGCGGCCCUGCUGUCCUGGGAGAUCUACCUGAAGGAGAACUACCUGCAUAACCAGCAGCACCAGCACCACCAGCGGCCGGAGCAGAGGAUCCAGGACAUCAGUGAGAAAGUGGACAGCAUGGUGGACCUGCUGGACAUGGACCGUCUGAAGAGGUCAGGCCCCACGGAGCAGAGGCUGGCAUCCCUGGAGGAGCAGGUGGCCCAGGUGGCCAGGUCUUUGCACUGGAUCGUGAGGACGCUGAAGGACAGUGGUUUGGGCUCUGCAGCAGGCGCGCCUGCGUUGGCACCCCCAAAGGCCCCUGACGAGCCGGAUGCCGAGUUAGCUGGCAGGAAGAAGGAGGAAGAGCCAGGCGAUGGCUACCACGUGAAUGCCCGGCACCUGCUGUACCCCCGCUCCCCCGUCACCCGCUUCCCCGUGCCCAAUGAGAAGGUGCCGUGGGAGACAGAGUUCCUGAUCUACGAGCCUCCUUUCUACACGGCAGAGAGGAAGGACGAAGCCCUUGUAGACCCCAUGGGAGAGGCCCUUGAGCCUCUGGCUAAGAUCCAGUACAACGCCCUAGAUGGACCAGUGGACCGGCGCAGCUUCCACGGGGCCUACAUGGUCCAGGACGGGCUCCCACUGAACCCCAUGGGCCGCACAGGGCUCCGUGGACGCGGGAGCCUCAGUUGCUUUGGACCCAACCACAUGCUGCAUCCUGUGGUCACCCGGUGGAGGAGGAAUCAGGACGGCGCCAUCUGCAGGAAAAGCAUAAAAAAGAUGCUGGAGGUGCUGGUGGUGAAGCGGCCCCUCUCGGAGCUCUGGGCCUUGCCGGGGGGCUCCCUGGAGCCAGGGGAGUUGCUGCCAAGGAAGCUGAAGCAGGUCCUGCUUCCAGAGGCCUGGCGGGAAGUGGAGGGCCUGCUGCAGCAGGGCUCUGAGGUGUACAAAGGGUAUGUAGACGACCCACGGAACACCGACAAUGCGUGGAUCGAGACGGUGGCUAUCAGCGUCCACUUCCCAGACCAGAACGACGUGGAGCUGAAGAGGCUGAACUCUCACCUGCACACCUGCGACCCAGGUGUGUCCAUCCGGUGGCAGGUGGUGGACAAGCGCAUCCCACUGUAUGAGAACCACAAGACCAUCCUGCAGAAGACGGCCACUCUGUUCGGCGCCCACUACUGACUGUGCCCUGGAGCACACACCUAUUGCCCGAGGUGUGUGCUGCCCUGGGCCUGUUGUGCUGUGGCUUGGGGACCUGCUACCCUGAGACGACCUGUGUUGGCUGGUGCUGCUGGCAUCAGGGAAGGAGCCGGGCUCCUGCACAGCCUUGCCCUGGGCUGCAGUCUUCCCCUCCUCAGACCCGAGGUCACAAGCAGGGUGUCCACCCUGGAGCUUUCUAGAGAGCUGGGGGCCCUGUGGGGUCCCCCUGCCUGAGCCUUCGAGGACUUGGGGAGUGGUGCCUGAUGUGCCCCCCAGGUGCUGGGGCCUGAUGUGGACCCUGGCUUGGCCGGGGUGGGGACACCUCCGGAGACCUGGCUCACUGCCCUGCUGCCAGGCCUCAAAAGCACAGAGAGGCCGGCCCUGCCAGGAAGGGCAGGUGGGUGGGGUGGGGGACAGCAGGGGCCCCUGAUCUGGAUGCGGUGACUCACAGAAGCAGAAACCAUGAGAGCUGGGAGACAGGAAUGAUGUAAAGCCGAGAUGUUAAAUCUCAUUAAUCUCAGGCUGGGCUGGCCGGCCCUGCAGCACUGUCCACAAAUAAAGUUCUGGGGCGGGGCUACCAGGCCGCUGUGGGUGA